AUGUUUACAAAGUGUUUACAGAGAUACUUCACAUGGGGACAGUGUUUAGGUGGUCUGGAGACCAUCCAAAGUAUGAAAAUUGGGGCAGAGCUUGGGUAUAAAGUAGAUAUAACCCAGAAGGUGACAAGCCAAAAAGUGUUCUAUAGGGUGCAUGCAGAAGAUGUUGUGAAGGAGGCCUUAGAUGAUAUGUGUAUUGCACACUUAGUUGCUACCAUUCCAUCAAAUAGAAGAGUUGUACUGUAUUUCCAUGAUCCAACUGACCAGAACACACUUGGCAGUCAAAAAGAAGUGGAAGAUGAAGAGUUAAAGGACAGUGAUUAUGAAUACACUGAUGAUGAGAUGCCAAACAUUGAUCCUAGAAUGACAGCAAAAAAAAGAGCAAAUGUUCCACCAAAUGUUGGUGAAGAGGAACCAACUAUUGAUCCUCAAAUGGUGCCUCCUAAUGAAGGUAUAGGGGCUAUCUCAAAUGAUGGUGAAGACACUGAUGCACUCCCUUCUGAAGGUGAAAGUUCCGAGGAUGGCCAAGGAAAUGGAGAAAACUCUAAAAAGUCAAAGAAGAGAAAGAAGAUAAAGAAGAUAAAAUUACCAAACUGUAAACAAUUUAGAAGAGAAACUGACCUCAGAAAUCCUCAGUUUAGGAUAGGAAUGUAG